UGGCCGGCAGCGCUAACGGACACCCGGAAGUGGUGCAGAGAAGCAAAGGAGCGAUUCAUUUGAGCUCGGGGCGACAUUAGAACCGCAGGUCAGGAUGACCAAAGUUGAGAUGCUGCGCCUGCUAAUCAACCAGCGGCUCGCCGAGGUCGCAGACGAGAUCUUCGGCGUGUUUGGCAGAACUAUCGCGGAGUUCGAGGAGGAACUGUGCCGCUCCAGGCGGGAGAUCGAACGUCAGCGGCGGUUGCUGGAUUUCUCCUGCAAAACGACCAGCAGCGCAGCGCCCAGUGAGCCGCAGGAUUGGACGUCCGGUGUGGACCCGGAAGAACGCGUGCCCCCUCCCAUCAAAGAGGAAGAGGAUGAGGACCAGCAAGAUGACACGCCUCCAGGUUCCGAGCCCGGUGGCGUGUUCUCAUUCCCGAGCGGUGACUUGGUGGAGUGGCCCGAUGGCGUCCACGGCCAGGACACGGACAACUCCGACCCUCAGCCGGGAACCUCGGUGCAGUACACCUGCGCGGAUCCGGUUCCGCCACCGCCCAAUGAGGAGCACUCGUACAUCUGCAGCAUCUGUGGACGGGCCUUUGCCCGGCGAGGGCCGUGGUCUAAACACAUGCGGGACCACGCCAAGCGGGACAUGAACAAAGCGGACAAGUCGUACAUUUGCACCAUCUGCGGGAAGAGGCUGACCCGCUUCGACGGCUACCGGAAACAUCUGCGUGUGCACACGGGGGAGCGACCAUACAGCUGCGCUGCCUGCGGACGCCGCUUCAGCGACAACUCCAACUACAGGCGACACGCUCGAACCUGUGUUCAACUUUCACAAGGCACGGCCCACACGUGACCGCUUUUAUUUUGACGCUUUGUAGCAACAGGAAGUCGCCUCAAAUGACCACAAGGUGGUGGUGUUUCAUCACCGCGCUACCUCACUGACUCCUGUCAUUCAGGUGUUGACCACUCGGUGGCGAUGCUGAGAUGUAAACGCAACACUCGGGCGAAUACUACUGAGUCAGUGCACGUCAAUUCAAAGUAUUCUUGUACUUAAUUCCUGAUCCAUCCCAAAUCCAUGACUGUUUGCCAAGUUAUUGCGGGUCCGUCACUGCACGCUCACCAUUAGCAGCAUUCUGAGUACAACUUCUCGGUACUGACAGUAAACCUCUCGUGGGAACACACGUGGGUACUUGGACGGAUGCCAGUUUGUGUAGUUGUGCCAAAGUACUGGUGUGUACUGGUACUGGUGUACUGUUACUGGUGCCAAAGGCGAACCUCACUCCCUGAUGCCUUAAGAGCUGCACCGGACAACAAGUUGACAGCUCGGGCUCUUGGCUCAUGGGCUAGCGUUACUCGACUCCCAAUCGGUGGUGACCGGUGCGUGCGGGUCCGGGCCCCGGCCGAACUGCCUUCCUGGGCUUGCGUCUCAAUUGGUGCACUUCCGCACUUGCACUCCAGCUCAAAGAAACUCCAGUGGUUGGAA